ACAUUUUUUUGGGUUAGUAGUGAGGUUUGGUACGGUACGUGAAAGCGGUGUGGAAGUAGUGAAUUCUAGUAAGCAGAUUUAUAAUUAAUGAAGUCGGUCAGCAUUUACCAUAUUACACGGCCCCUACAUUCCAGAAUACAGCCUUUUACGUACUUUUACCGUAAUGACUCCAUGAUUUCUCCUAGUUCAGUUUUACAACCGUUCUAUAUUGUGAAUUCAGCGCAAUAAUUUAAGAGAGUAUGUACUGAUGUAAACACAUUUUUAGCAAUAAACGUCCAGCGAUCGGAAAAUGUAAUCAUUACAAUAUGAACCGAUUGAAUGAUGAGGGGUUGGCAUCAUUACCUCUUUAUCGUCUGCCGCUUCGUUCAUAGAUGGCCUACACUUCGUAGUUCUAGGAAUGAGGUGUGGUAUGGUAUGUCAAAGCGGUUUGCGGUUACCAAAUCCUACAAAGCAAUUUAUGUCAUGUCUGCUAGUGUAUCAGAGUGAUUUCCCUUUUACAAAGAAAUGCAGCUGUAAAUGCACACAGAACAGCAUUGUGUAAAUAAUUUGCCUUCAAGUGAAAUGGCCAUGAGCGUGAUAUGCUGGUGUUGUCUAUCACAGGAAGCAAGAGCAAGGAAAAAAAUUAGUGACGAGAUUGAUAAAAUCUUACUGGAAGAGGAGAAAAAUAUGAAAAAAGAAUUUAAACUUCUUCUGUUAGGUGCAGGAGAAUCAGGAAAAUCGACAUUUAUAAAGCAGAUGAAGAUAAUUCAUGGUUCAGGUUUUCCUGAAGAUGAAAGAAGAAACCUCAUCCAGGUGGUUCACCAUAAUUUAUGUGUGGCCAUGCAAAUGUUGAUCAAGGAAAUGGAAAAAUUGCAGAUCCAAUUUGUUGACAUCUCCAAUGUUGAGAGAGCCAGGCUGUUUGUGGAAGAAGAGUUUAGUUACCUCACUGCACCAAGUUGUGGGCACAUAGAGGUCUGCAAGACUCUGUGGGCUGAUCCUGGCGUUAGAGAAUGUUUCAGACGAAAGCAAGAGUUCUACAUAACAGAAUCAGCUACGUACUAUCUUCCGAAGAUAGAUCUUGUGACAACCCCUGACUACCUUCCCACGGAGCAGGAUAUUUUGCAUGCGAGAGUACCUACUUCUGGUAUUAAUGAGUACAGUUUUAACUUGGAAAAGGUGUCUUUUAGAAUUGUAGAUGUGGGUGGGCAAAGAAGAGAAAGGAAAAAAUGGAUCCACUGCUUUGAAAAUGUGACGUCUAUAAUAUUUAUCACAGCCCUAAGUGAAUAUGAUCAGUGUUUGUUCGAAGAUGAAGGUGAGAAUCGUCUGGAGGAGAGCAUGGCGCUGUUUCAGGUGACCAUCAUGAGUCGGUGGUUCCAGCGAUCGUCAGUUAUGUUGUUCCUAAAUAAGAAAGACUUACUUCAAGAGAAGAUAAUGUAUUCUGACCUUGCUGUUCAUUUUCCAGAUUAUGAUGGUCCUCCACAGAAUGCAGUAGCGGCCCAAAAAUUUAUUCUAGGUAUGUUUCAUUCUCUGAAUCCAGAUAAGAAGAAAGUUAUAUAUGCUCACUACACUUGUGCCACAGACACGGAGAACAUGAGGUUUGUGUUCCUGGCAGUGAGAGAUUAUAUAUUACAAAUCAAUCUGGAAGACUAUAACCUGGCAUAGGGAGUUUUCUCAAAGUGUCUUAACAGGUUAUUAAGUGUGUCUGGGGCCAUUGUUUUGAUGGUAGCUGGCCAUCUGAUACACCAGAGAUCGUGUGCUAGAUUUUUUAUAGAACUGAAAUUACGUGACAUUCUGUAAUACUAGUUCUUUUCUUCCGUUUGUUUAAUAAUUGGGUUUCCUUGUCUGUAAUUAAGAAGUAAAGGAGUACCACAGCAUUUAACGCAAUGAAACACAAGUAACAUGAAAAUAAGGUUUCUUUUAUUGGUAAUUGUCAAAUUUAUCGUUAAGUGCAAACUGUAUUAAUAAUCAUAACAGGAAAUAUUACAUUGGGGACGUUUUUGUAAUGUGGUUAUGAAGUCUGCUCCAUAAGAUAAUGUUAUUCCAACCAUUACAUUGUGGCUGUGCUAAAAAUGCCAGGGGAUGUUUGCUGAAUGUGCAGCAAUACUGGGGAUAACGCGUAUCUCAGUUUGUAAGUCGUCUUCUUGAAACGUUCUUUGGGGUAUUAAAAAUACAUCUCUCUCCUUAAAGAGUUAUAAAAUGAUGAUAAAAUUAAAUACUACAUGUGUUAAUAUGUUUUUUAACUUUACGGUUCACAUUUGUAAAAGUAAUUCAAAUUAGAAACUGAAUACUUUGGUAUAAUUUUAAAUUUACUUCAAGUUGGUGUUUUUUCCAUUUAAGAUUUGUAUUAAUAUCUAGUCACACCAAGAAAGCAAUGUUUCCUAAGUUUUUUUGACUUUGGAGAAAUAAAUGUUUUAAGCCGUUCUACUUGUCACGUGGGCACAUAAACUAUAGGAAGUUCAUAAAAUUGUAGUCUCAAUACAAAACAAGCCAGACAAAUAGUAGCAAUAAAUGCUGAAAUUACAUGCUUUUGUCACCAGCUGACGAGGAGUGGUGUUUGUGCUCCUGGCACUUAGGUAUUGAUAAUUAAAUGUAGUGGUUAGUGCCCUUUAAAGAGUUGAGUAAUAAAAGUAUUUAUAAUUUUAGAA